ACGAAAGAGAGCUCCAUCUGCCCUCCAGGAACCCAGCUAUGAAAUCCCUCUCCGCACGCGCCUUCUCUCUGGGGCUGCUCCUGGUGGUGGCUACUGCAUUCCCCACCCCAGAACCUCUGGAAGAAGAAACCAAGGAUGAUGCUACCCCAAACAAGCCAUCGCUCACCACUCCAGAGCAAACAGAAGGACUUAUUAAGCACCUCCUGGGAAAAAUCGAUGAACUGACAGAGCAGUUGUGUGAAAAGGGUACCAAAUGUGGAGACAUCAAGGAGGCACUGGCAGGAAACCACCUGAAGCUUCCACAGAUGACAGACAAAGAUGGAUGCUUCCAAGCUGGAUUCAGUCAGGACGUUUGCUUGCAAAAUAUCGCUGGUGGACUUGCAGGGUAUCACACAUACCUGGAGUACAUCGAGGACAAGUUUGAGGAUGAUACGAAUGAUGCCAAAACUUUGGAAAUGGGCAUCAAAUAUCUGAUCGAGAUCCUGAAGCAAAAGAUAAAGAAUGCAGAGGCAGUAACCACCCCUAGCCCAACAGCAAAUGCCAAACUGGUAGAGGAACUGCAGUCGCAGGAUGAGUGGGUGCAGCACACGGCGAUUAGCAUCAUCUUGCGCAGCCUUCAGGAAUUCCUGCAGUUCAGCUUGAGGGCUAUUCGGAUGAAUAGGGGGGACAACUAAACUAAGAUUGGUGUAGUUCAUGGGCAUUCCUUCCCCUGGUCCCAAACCACUCCACUGUGCACAUAACUUAGGUUGUUCUCUGUGAAAAACCUAAAGUAUAAGCGUUAGGACACUAUUUUAAUUAUUUUUAAUUUAUUGAUAUUUAAAUAUGUGAAGUCAAGUUAAUUUAUCUAAGUGAUAUUUAUAUUUUUAUGAAGUGCCACUUGAAAUGUUUUAUGUCUUCGUUCUGAGAUAAUAUACAGUGGCUAUGCAGUUUGAAUAUCCUCUGUUUCAGAGCCAGAUCAUCUCUUGGAAUGUAUAGGCUUACCUCAGAUAAAUUGCUAACUUAUACAUAUUUUUAAAAGAGAUAUUUAUAUUGUAUUUAUAUAAUAAUGUUUAAAUGAUUUUGAUACCAUUAAAUCGUAGUUUUUGAAUCAGCAA